AUGAGUGAAACCCAGAGUUUAAGCGCCGAAACUUUCAAAGAGGUGUUAAAGUCCCGCGACUUCACCGGUAAAGUAGUGUUAGUGACGGGCAGUAGUGGCGGAAUCGGUGAGGCUAUUGUCAAACUGUUUGCCUAUUUGGGCGCUCAGGUGGUGGUCACAGGACGUAACGCCGAGUCCAUCAAACGGGUGGCCGCAGAGGCGCGAGAGUUGUCGCCCAAAAAGCUCAAGCCGUUAGAAGUUGUGGCGGAUCUACAAAAGAGCGUCGAUUUGAAGCGAUUGCUAAUCGAGACGAUCGACACAUACGGACGACUGGAUGUGUUGGUCAACAACGCCGGCGUCGGUAGCGUCUCAUCG